AGUUAGUUGAGUUUUAAAAACUUUCCUGUGUCGAAACAACAUGGCGACAAUUGCUACUGUGUUGUUUUGGUUAGCGAUCUCGAUUGCAGCUUUGCUUGCCAUCCUCUUCUCGGUCUUUUCGAUUUACGUGAUUUACCUCCAUAGGAAGUUCAGUCAUUUACCUGGGCCAAAAAGGGACAGCUUUUUCUUUGGUAAUUUGCCUUAUAUCAAGCGCGAGUUGGCGAAAGGACAUAUUUUUCCCGAAUUGGUCAUCGAACUCAACCGAAUUCACGGUCCAAUAAUUCUCCUAUGGAUUUUUCAUAAGCCAUUCACAUUCGUGUCAGAUCCAGAACUCAUCCGAAAAUGUUUAAUCACGCUUAAACUACCGAAAAAUCCGUUUGGAUACAUAAACCUCGGAUACCCUUUUGGUUAUCGUAUGAUGGGGCAUGGGUUAGUAACCCAAGUGGACCAUGACGCGUGGCAGAAGCGAAGAGCACUGUUGAAUCCAGCAUUCCAUCGACGAUACUUGAUGAAUUUGAUGAAUACGUUUAACGAAAGCUGCGACUUAUUUCUGGAAAAGUUGGAUAACAUGGCUGACGGAAGAACUAUAGUGGACAUGUCGGAUGAGUUUGCACGAGUUACUCUAGAUGUCAUCGGAAAAGUUGCAUUCAAUGUUGAUCUUGAAGCAGUCAAAGAUGCCAACAGUCCAUUCACAUCAUCUAUUUCCAAAUCACUUAAAGGAAUGCAAGACUGUUUUCGGAUGCCGUUUUGGAGGAUAUCUGUGACAACAUUUCCUUAUCAAAGGAGUGUGAUUGAAGCCGGUAAAUUCAUACGUGAUUUUGGAAGGAAGGUAAUUCUCGAACGUCAAGAAGCUAUGUUACGAGGAGAAGAUACGCCUCCUGAUAUCCUUGCCCAUAUCUUGGGUGUCAAAGCAAAGGAGCCAAGUAUUACAAUUGAAGAUAUGGUGGAUGAGUUUUUCACAUUUUUCAUCGCAGGUCAGGAAACUACAUCCAACCAGUUGUCAUUUACUCUCCAUGAUCUGCUGAGGCAUCCAGAUAUUGAAGACAGAGUAAAUCAAGAGAUUAGGGCUGUUCUUGGUUCACGUCAGUUUGUUGAAUAUAAAGAUCUUGGAAACUUCCAGUUCUUAGGACAGACGCUCAAGGAAGGAUUACGACUCCAUCCCCCUGCUGGGGGAACAAACCGAAUAACUGCAAAAGAUGAAGACAUUGGUGGCUAUAUCUUCCCUGCUGGCACUACUGUAAAUCUAAGUAAUUUUGUAAUGCACCGACACCCAGACUCAUGGAGAGAACCACAUAAAUUUGAUCCUGACAGAUUCUCGCCUGAGGUCAAAGAUGAAAUUCCACAAUCUGUGUACUUCCCAUUCUCCCUUGGCCCACGCACUUGUAUUGGACAAACCUUUGCUCAGUUUGAGGCCCGUGUGUUUAUGGCGAGACUUCUACAGCAGUUUGAAUUGAGUCUCUGUCCUGGUCAAGAUGAGAUAAGAUAUGAGGAGUAUUUGACCCUGAGGCCAAAAGGGGGUUUGCUCUGUACACUCAAACAAAGGCAUGAAACCUAGAUUAAAAGAGAGUCAAAGAAAUUUCAAGUGUUUUUAAAUGAAGGAGCAACAUGCACAUAUAAUACAACAGAGGUAGAAAAACAGUUUUAUAACCUGAAUAGAAAGGGGGGGGGGUCUUCAUUUACGAAGUCAAAUUUAACUUUGUUUGAUGCCACUUCUUCAUGUCUUUACUCCAGCAUUUUGUACUCAAUUCUUCAUUGAUUGAGACUUUUGUACUACAUGUUUCUUUUUUUUUCUCAUUCUUGUUUAGCUAUGUUAGUCUCUCAGCCAUUAUGGCAUAAUGCCCACAGGAAUGAAAGCUUAGUUACAACAGGGAAAUGCAACAGUAAAAACCUCCACUCGCUAGGGAACAUUUCAUUGUAGCUCCUUGGUUUUACACACAAGUGUCACUCUCUCAUUUAAAUGGAAUGCCUUGAAGAAAGAAUUAUUGGUGGUUAAGCCUCAUCAUAAUCAUUGCAUUUUCAAAUAAAUUUGCUCAACCAUAA